AUAACACACAAGAAACCAUAUACUUUGAUCAUAAAAUUAAAUCCGUUUAUGUUAUCAAAUAAUAAAACACGAUAGCAUCAGAAACUGCGUCGACACAAAGGAACACGUGUUGGGUCACAGCGUACAUUAUUUAUUGGAAUAAGUGGCUCAAAUAGUAUUUGCUUGUAAUUUUGCGGAAUCAAAGUUUGACCCUCUAAGACAAACAGAUCGAUUGUAUAAGACUGUUAUGGGAAUGAAUUGUGGUUUUAGCUGGUGUUUUUGUUUAUAAUGAGCUGUGUUUUUAUAAUAAAUUAUUAAGAAGUUAAAUAUGCAAAUCUUACUCUUAUAAUUCCUCACUGAAAUCAAUAACUAAAAAAAAUUAAGAAACAUAAUAGUAUUUAGAAUAUUUUAUGCAAACAAUAAAAUAUGGCAACAAAAAGAAGACUUAAUAACACAAUACUAAAAAUCAUAUUGCUAAACCUAGUAUCGGAAUUAGAAACAAUAAAGUUUAUAGACGAUCACGACUUAGUGUUUGAGAAAAUAGAAUUAGAAACAGAAGAUUCAGAAGAUAUACCAAUAAAGAUAGAAGGCAUUCCUAUAUUAAGAACUAAGAAAGAACAAGACAGUGAUGAAGAAAUCAAAACGUUGUUAGAAGAGAAGUAUAAAUUUAAGAACGAUGAAGUAUCUACAAGAUAUAAAAUAACAAGAGAAGAUAGGGAAUAUCCAGUCUUUCCCGAGAGCCACGAUGACAGACAUAUAGCUUGGGCAUUCCGGUCGUACGCCGUGAGACGGAUCGUGGGCGGCAUGGAAACCAGCAUCAGCAUGUAUCCGUACAACGUGGCGAUAUCUAGGAACGGCAAGCACUGGUGCGGCGGCUCCAUCAUCGACGAGCAGUGGGUGCUUACUGCUGGACAUUGCUUGGAAUCAGCAUACGACGGAGAUACCAGAAAACUUCAGCCGUUCAUCAUACGUGCCGGUAGCUCCUUCCAUAACCGUGGGGGAUAUCAAGCGAGGGUCAAUAAAGUAUUCUUCCCUCGUGAAUACGUUCCAGGCAGCGCGGAUUAUGAUUUCUCGCUUCUCCGGCUUGAUAGACCGAUGCCUAUCGGUCGGAAUAUUGCGGUGCUGAACCUCCCCUCAAAAGACUACGUCAUCAAGGAGCAGGAUAUCCUCAUAGUUACUGGCUGGGGUAGUACUGAUGAAUCAGGAUACGGUCACAUUCCAGAGCGGAUUCGCUUCGUGCCCGUGCCUGUGAUGGGUCUGGAAGAGUGCCAGAAGUCCUACAGGUUCUACAUCACGCCUAGGAUGUUGUGCGCUGGUUACGCUACGGGUGGGAAGGAUGCUUGUAACCACGAUUCAGGCGGUCCAGCAGUAAGAGAUGGAGUCCUCAUCGGCAUUGUGUCAUUCGGUGGGAAGCAAUGUGGCGACCCUCGGUCUCCAGGAGUGUACAGCCGCGUGUCAGAGAUCACGGAUUGGGUGGAGAGCACCAUCAGCCACAAUGAGGCGUAUACCGUGCCCGAGCUCAAACCGAAGAUCGAAAAGGCGCGGCAGAGGGAGAAGGAAUUACAAAAAUUCAAAGCACGAGUCGAAGACAAAAAGAAUAAAAUAAAAAAUUGGUUACGAGAAACACUGAAAUCACCAACCUUCAUAGAACUAGCAAAGAAGAAACUACGUGAAGCUGGUUUUAAUACAAGACGAAGGUUCAACAAGGAAUUGAAUGCUAGUACAUUAGACGAUAAAACAAUGGAUGAAAUCAACCUUUCUAAUUUGAUAAACGAUAGAAUAAUAGGAGAUGACAAUGCAAAUGAAGCUGAGAAGUUACUCAGAACAUUAGCACUUCAUGAAGUGAUGCAAAGUGAUGAUAAAGAAGUGUUCACCCCUGUUUACAGAUCUAAAGAUACGGAUCUCAGUGUAGAAGCGUUUAUCGCGUACGUUUCUAAAAGUUAAUUUUAGCGUCAUCUAUGUUACUUUUAAAAUAGUAUGUAGUGUUUAGUCGGUUCAAUUGUAAUUAGUUUUAGCUAUUCAUUACUAGAUGUCACUUAGUACAAAUGUUGCGACUAUUGCUAUUAGCCGAUAGAUGUCACUAUAGUAAAUUUAUGAAAUGUAAUUUCAACGUGAAACGAAUUUAUAAUUUGUAAUACCACGCUGAAUGGUUCACAAUGGAUUCCUUUUAAAACUCCGAUUGCUCUGAACUCCUUUCCCUUUUAUUUACGGUUUAACAAAGAAAUACUUGUUUCUGAUUUACGGAUGUAUAUCAAAUUAUAUAUUUGAAUCUUUUGUGAGUAGAUACGUCAAUACAAGGAUUACUGAUAUUUUUAAGAAUGUCACUUAGUAACAAGAAACACAUACAAGAUAAUUAAGGGCAGAUCUUUUAUAGAGAAAAAAUAGGAAUUAACUGAUUAUCACCUUUGAGGCUAUAUACAACACACAAAACUCAACAAUAAAUCCACUAAGUUAUGAUAACCUGGUAUCAAGUACAUUGAAGUGUUAAAAUGCAAAUUAAUUAGGAAAGUUGAUCGUCAAGCCCGUGACUCCGUUUGAAUCUAAGUCAAGUGGCAUGAUGAAUAUCUUACAUAACUUGGUUUGAGUAACAUUUAAACUUCACAUUGUGAACGUGGGCUAUGCUGACAUAAUCUGUACUCAUAACAAAAAGAGCUUCACUUUGUAACUUUUGGAAAUCUUUGGAGCUAUUAAUUUGUUAAAAAAUUUAUAUUAUUUACGUCGAAGAUUGUAAGUAUUUUUCCGGUCCGAAUUUUACACGCGGUUUGAGUCGCCAUUGGUAUCUGUAAUUAAUAUUAUGUAUUUAAUUAUGUAAAUUAUACAAAUAUCCUGAAUCUUUAUUAAAAAAAAAUAAAGCUAGUGAAAUAACUGUAUGAAACAUGUUUCGUAUUUUAAAACAAGUUGUAAACUGCCAAUAGAUGGCGCUAUAUAUAUUUUUCACGUACAGGAAAAUUUUAA